AUGGAGCUUGAAUCUGCGGACUGCCUGGCUUCCCUUGUCAGUUCACAGCUCACACUCGAAGAAAUACGCGACAUUACAUUUGCCCGUAAAGGAAAAACACGCGAAGACAAUCCUGCAACCGACGAGGAAAUCGCAUUUAAGCUUUUUGAAGAGGAGAACGCGGCUGUAGUUGGUAGUUUGCGGCUUGCCUUCAGUCUUCAGCAUGCUCUUGACGUUGACCAGGCUAUAUUGGCAAAAUUGAGCGUGGAAGAGCUGGGGGCAGUCGAUGAUCACCGUUAUGCCCAGGCUCUUUCGCUAGGGCAGGCAUUGCCUGAUAAAUCUGACGCCCAGAAGGCGUUGGAGGAUUCAGCGGUGGAUUCUGAAGUACCAUCGUCACCGCACUUUGGAGGUAGUAAACCCUUUCGAGUCCACUGUAUCAUCUGUACAGAUUCCUUUCGCUCAUCAAAUACCUUCCAAGCACCAUGCAAAGAUUACUACUGCUUCAAGUGUCUUCGGGACCUCGUCUUGGCCUGCAUCGGCGACGAAUCGUUAUUUCCUCUUCGAUGCUGUCAACAGUCCCUACCUGUGGCGGAUGUACUCCAGCUGCUCCCCGACGACUUGCGGACAAAAUUUGAGAAUAAAUCUCAUGAAUUUGGAACUCUUGCCAACGAUAGGGUCUAUUGUUCAACUCCAAUUUGUUCCAAAUUUCUUGGCUCAUCUGCUGAGGCUGAAACCUCAAACAUCCUUUGUUCCCAAUGCUCUGCUUCGACUUGUGCUCUUUGCAAAGCGCAUUCUCAUCCCGGCGAGAGCUGCGCUGAAAACAUCGCGCUUCUGGAGCUCAAAGCUCUUGCGACGGAAGAGCAUUGGCAAACUUGCCCUCGAUGCAGCUCCAUUAUUGAACUCAGGGUCGGCUGUUACCAUAUGACUUGUCUUUGUCAUAUGCAAUUCUGUUACAUGUGUGCUGCUCCAUGGAAGGAAUGUGAAUGUCCACAAUGGGAGGAGAACAGGUUGCUGAAUGCAGCAGAAGCGAGAGUCGAGCAAGAAUUCGGUGCGGUGGCACGGGCGGCAGAGCCAGCUGUGUUUCAAAGACGUGUCGAACAGAGGACGCAAGAGUUGAGGUAUUAUCAUGAUUGCAACCCUCAUCGAUGGAGGCAUCAUCAAGGAGGAGGUACGUGUGAGGAAUGUGGGAAUUUCCUACCUCUGUUCUUAAAGGGCUGCAGAAAUUGUCAUAUCAUGGUUUGUGUGAGGUGUAUGCGAAAUCGAUUGUAG